UUUGAAAUACGAACAGCUCAGCUGAUACAUUCUUUUCUGCAUUAUGUUUUAAAUACUAAUUGACUUCUGAACCAUAAUAACAUAACAUCUUUGGCAAAGGCGUUACUUUUGUUUUCGUGACCCGGAAGUUUUGGAUUACUCUUUGUUUACAUGUGACAUUCACCGAAGACUUUGUUAUUUCGUGCAAGGCUGGUGAACUCAAUGUGACGCGCAGUGAUGAACGGCAGCUCGAACCCGCCUCUGGAUAAAGAAGAGCAUGUGUUAAAGCUCGGAGACAGUUUCGAGAAGAGGCCAAAAUCAUCUUUUCAUACCAUCAGAUAUGAUUUUAAACCAGCAUCCAUCGAUACAUCCUGUGAAGGAGAAUUACAAGUAGGAAAAGGAGAUGAGGUUACCAUCACAUUACCACACAUACCAGGCUCCACUCCACCAAUGACAGUGUUUAAGGGCAACAAAAGGCCGUAUCAGAAAGACUGCGUUCUCAUCAUCAACCACGACACGGGAGAGUUCAUGCUGGAAAAGCUCAGCAGCAGCAUACAAGUCAAGAAGACAAGAGCUGAGGGCAGCAGUAAGAUCCAGGCUCGUAUAGAGCAGCAGUCAGUGAGAGCGAACCAGCUGACACCACAGUCCCGCCCCCCCCUCAAGCCCGGAGCGGGGGCUAAGACCUCCCCAUCCAAAGACAACCCUUCACCUGAGCCUCAGCUGGAUGACAUCAAACGAGAGCUGCGGGCCGAGGUGGAUGUGAUCGAGCAGAUGAGCAGCAGCGGCAGCAGCAGUUCGUCAGACUCUGGCAGUGGUGAUGACAGCUCCUGCAGUGACCGAGAACAGGACACUCAUCUGUCCCCCAGCAGGAACAACAUGGACAACGGAAUCAACCAAUCACAAGGCAGCAAUCAGCUGAUGAACACACUCCGAAAUGAUCUUCAGCUAAGUGAAUCUGGCAGUGACAGUGACAUCGAUUGACCUUCUAGCUGAUGUUACAAACAUAGAUUGUGUUUCUCUACGUUACGUGCUUUCAUAGAUGAUAUCGGUCUUUUUGAAGUGGUUUCAUAGAUAUCAGUGCUUUUGAAGUUUUAUCUUGAGCUUAUAAUGGCUUCAUGUUAACAUGAAAGUGUUGAUGAAUGUAAAAUAGUUUUAAUAGAUUUUAUUUUUAUUGCGAAAGGAAAUGUCUUAACAGAUAUUGUUGUUUAAAUCAUUAAAACUGAAUAUUGUACCGUUGGUUCAGUAUUUUUAUGAAGCUAAAAAUCAUCAGUCAACAUGGCUUGUUAAUUUCCCCUCAUGUUCAGUGUUGCAUAAACCAAAUUAAUUGCGUGAUCUUUAUUCUGACUACUUUUCGCAUUGAUGUUCAGCCAAAAUGUGUUACACAGUUUAGAAUUCAGUGGCAACUGACAAGUACAAAUGAUUUUGUCACAUUUUUUGUGUUCACAUAAAACAUGUUAAAAAAAUGUCAAUACUCAAGUGUCUCAAAAUAUGUGUAUGUGGUUAUCUAUAGAAGUGUAUACUGUUGGUUUAACCAAAAAUAAAUUGUUUUAUUGCACUGUAAACAAUAUUAAUGUUGUAAACACUGAACUUGUAUUAAACCUGGAACAGUUGUUUCA